AUGAGGAGAAAGAGAGAUAUGGAUGCUGCUGCCAUAGACGCUCUUUGCCAUGAACAAGGUGCGAAUGAUGAUUUGUAUGGUGCACUGUGGCGUGCAUGCGCGGGAGCAUCGGUUUAUGUUCCCAGCAUUGGAGAGAAGGUUUUGUACUUUCCACAGGGUCACUUGGAGCAGGUUGCUGCAUUUGCCCAGCAUCAGCAAGAUGGUCACAUGGAAAUUCCCGUGUUUGAUUUGCCUUCUAAGAUCUUAUGCAAGGUUAUUGGUGUUCAGUUAAAGGCUGAACCUUACACAGAUGAGGUUUUUGCCCAAGUUACAUUACUUCCUCAGCUCAAGCAAGAUGAUUUUAAUUUGGACGAAGAAGACAAUAUUCAGACUUCUCGCAGAAAUUCUAUCUACUCCUUUUGCAAGAUACUGACUCCAUCAGACACAAGUACACAUGGUGGAUUCUCUAUUCCGAAGCGACAUGCUGAUGACUGCUUCCGUCCUCUGGAUAUGACUCAUCCAACACCAACACAGGACCUGGUUGCGAAGGACUUGCAUGGGUUUGAGUGGCAUUUUCGGCACAUAUAUCGUGGUCAGCCGAAACGACACUUGCUUACUAGCGGUUGGAGCACAUUCGUGAAUUCCAAAAAACUUGUUGCUGGAGAUUCAUGCAUUUUCGUUAGUGGGGAAAAUGGAGAAAUUCGUAUUGGGAUUCGUCGGGCAAUGAAACAUCACUCCAAUGUAUCUACAUCUUCGUCUCUGAUAUCGGGUCAUAGCAUGCAACUUGGAAUUUUGACUAGUGCUUCCCAUGCUGUUAACUCAGGAUCCAUGUUCACUGUCUAUUUCCGCCCUUGGACGAACCCCUAUGAAUUUAUUAUUCCUCUGCAAAACUACAUGAAGUCAAUUGCACUCAACUAUUCAAUUGGAAUGAGAGUACAAAUGCUGUAUGAAGUUGAAGAGUCUGCAAGAAGCAGAUAUGCAGGUACGAUUAUUGCUAUUGAAGAUAUUGAUAAAAUUAGGUGGCCAGGUUCAGAAUGGAGAUGUUUCAAGGUGCAAUGGGAUGCUGUAUUAGAUGCAUGUCUGCGUCCAGAAAGGGUUUGUCCAUGGUGGAUUGACCCCUUGGAAUCUGUCAACGAGAAGCGCAUUCCUAUUUUCCCCAUUCCAAACAAGACACAUGUACUUAACCCGCGCCCUUUGCCUGGAUUGAGCGGUGUUGCUGUGGAAGACAUUAUUCAGAAUUCGGCCCAGCUUGCAUCUCAGAGAGUGGAUAGGGACUUACAAGGUCAAGAUUACAUUGGUGCAUGUUCUUCACAGCCCAUCCGUUGCUCACAGUUUGGGAAAAAUCAGCUUCCCAUUCCUAUGCAAGACCCGCUUCACCACUCUCUUGGCAGCUCAAUGUCAUCUCCAUAUGAAGACUUGUCAACUUCAAGUACAAUUUUGAACUCCACUGGUUUUGACUCGCAGGGAUGCCAUUCUUCUGAAUCUAAAGAUGAAAAUGAUGUUCCUUUUGGCCAACCAGGCAGUUAUAGUAGAUACAAGCUUUUUGGGGUUAGCUUAAUUGAUAACCAACCGGAGCUCCCUUCACCACAAUUUGCUGCUUUGAGCAAGACUUCAAGUCCCCUUUCCAGUCAUCCAACGUGUGUUACCUCUGGGAAAACGUGCAAGAAGUGUCGCUUUGUUAGUAGAAGCUGCACAAAGGUGCUUAAGCUGGGGACUGCUCUUGGAAGAGCGGUUGACCUCUCACGUUUUCCUGGAUAUGAUGAACUAAUUUCCGAACUUGACUCGAUGUUUGAUUUUGGGGGAAGUUUAAUCAAUGGAAGCAGUGGAUGGCAAGUGACCUGCAUAGAUGAUGAUGGAGACAUGAUGCUGUUAGGGGAUUACCCAUGGCAGGAUUUCCAGUCCAUGGUGCAAAAGAUGAUAAUAUGUCCAAAGGACGGUAUUAACAAUCUUAAUCCAAGCUCUUCAACAGAUCCUAGAAACCUUUAAUCAUUGCCCACC